CCUUAUCAGAGCAACCGUGACUCAAAUGCUCAACGUGGGCGGUUUCUCUUAUCAGUUGCCGUUUCCCCAACAAUAGUUAUUUGUGUCGACACCGUAUCCGAACGUCAGAAGUCAAACAGAACAGCAUCUUAUUGAAAGAGACCUGUCAGCGGACUAUAAGCACUAGCAAGGGAACCCGAAGAUGACUCAUGGUAAGGCCCAUCGUGGGCUGCAGCACCGAUCUGCCGAAGAACGCGCAAACGCCAGACGGUCGAUGGUAGCAUGUAAUCGAUGUCGCUCGAGGAAGACCCGCUGCGCUGGCAAUCCACCCUUCCCAUGUGCUGCGUGCGAGGACGUCGGUUGCGAUUGUGUGUAUUCCGAAGCGGAGAAACGUGUGUCAAUCACGGAGAGUUAUUUCCGUCGUUUACUGUCCGAUGCCCAAGCCGCUCGUCAAAACAGCGGUCGCCCUCCUCCACCGGCUGCCAGCUCGACCUCAGGUUCCAAGAGUUUUUCCAUGACCCCAGUGGAGACGUCACUGGAGAGAGAUGACUGGUGGUAUAAUGGGGCCGAUAACCUUCUUCUCAACCGGUCGGGCGAGCACCAAUUCAUUGGAGCAUCAUCGGCCACCCAUCUGAUCAAGCGUCUGAAUCCAACCUCCAAGAAUUUGGCGUCGGACGUGCGUCCACUUUAUGACGACCCAAGCUCAUUGCGUCGCGCUAUAUCCCCUGCUUUACCUCAAUUACCGCCGUUCGAGUACGCCAAGCGCCUAUACUGGGUGCAGUACAGCUAUAUCGGAACAAUAUUCUCUCUUAUUCAACCAGAGGACUAUGAGGAGCGGCUCCAUAUAGUUUACUAUCAAACUCCAGAUCUUCUGAGCCGGGAGUCAUGCCUGGUCUACUGCCAAGUUCUGCUUAUCAUCUCAUACGGGCUGCUUUAUUCCGUGAACCAGUGGUCCGGCGACGAUGGUCCACCUGGUUUUAAGUACUUCAAACAUGCACUUCGCUUUCUACCGGACAUCCACGAGGAAGGUUCCAUUUUCUUCGUCGAAGUACUAUGCUAUGUGGCAUAUUACAUGCAGAACCUCAACCGGCGGGAUGCUGCAUUCCUCUACAUCGGCACAGCCCUUCGAAUGGCCAUCUCACUCGGGCUUCACCAGGAAGCCUCAGAUCCAGCGAUGAGCGAGGAGGACCGCAAUCGUCGACGUCGUUCCUGGUGGUCCGUGUACAGUCUAGACCGGCUCCUCUCUGUAAAAUCUGGCAAUCCCAUCACUAUUCAAGAUGAAGACAUAGGAACCACUUGGCCUCAGCCCGUCAAUCCCAGCGACGUCGUACCGUGGCCCUCUGUAGUGCUCAUUUACUAUACCCAACUGUCAAGAAUCCUAGGUCGCAUUGGCGAAGAGAUAUAUCGCAAGAAACCUCGUUCUGGAUCAAACCUUUUGCUUUCUGUGCAAAGCAUCAUGGAUCAGUUAUUUGACUGGCUGCGCCGAGUACCCGAUCGCUUGCGCAUCGAUUUCUCGACUCUUGGAACGCACAUCAACCGCGAGUCUGUAUCUCUAUUCUUGCAUUUCUAUUCGUGUGUGAAUAUGACGGCUAGACCGUUGGUCUUUUAUGUAAUUCAGCGACGUCUUGAUGCAGAGACGGCUGGGUCGGUCACGGGUGACUGGAAGGAAGGUCUUUCGCAGAACGCUGUGCAAGUUAUCGAGAGCUGCAUUUCAGCCGCUCGAGCGACCAUCAUGAUCAUGGAUGCUGCCAGCAAGCAAAAUCUCGUUGCAACCUAUGGUUAUCUAGACGGGGAGUAUAUUUUUUCAGCCGCCCUGUUGCUAGUGAUGGUUAAUGCGGCAUUCCCUCACAAUGAACCUAAUGCGCGUUCCAUGGCAACAGCACUGAACCUCCUCCGUGGAAUGGCCGAUCGAGGAAAUACCAUCCUCGAAGCUCGCCACUCAUUACUUCUUGAGUUGCAAUCCACCAUUGGGCCUAUUCGCGCAGGGAACGAGGCAAGCGAGGACGUGCAGGUCCUAGCGACCCCCGCCAGUACUCAGAAACACACGCCAUCUUCUAGCGUCGUGGAGCCACCGGUGCCGACAGAUCAAAGAGCUCACAACCAGGAUAUUUCUUUCAUGCAGGACAUAUCUUUCGAUUUUGACGUAAAUGAUGAUCCAGGGCUAUGGGAGGAGGUUCUUCAUCAGAUUGACAUCGAUAUGGACACUGAUUUGAUUGAGCAAGCACUGCGCAGAUGAUACAAAUAUGAUGAACAUACACCUUCCAGUCCUCUUUUUGCCUUUGCAGUACGAGUACAAAUUAGCGACGUGACA